AUAUGUCUUGAACGUGUUAGAACAUUUGCAUGUAAAUUUAUAUAGCAUUUAAUAGCCAUAGGAGACCUACUUGGGCUGUGAAGAUGGAUUACUUGCUAUGAAUCUGUACCUAAUGCUAGAAAUGUUACUUAGUUAAGUUGGUUAUGAAACCUACAUUAUUUUGAUGUCAUUGGCUCGUUGGAAAGAUCUAUGUUAUCUGAGUUCUUUACUUCUUUCAAAUCUGAAACCUAUAUAUGAAUAUAAUUUCCUAAAUAUAUAAAUAACCUUUUAAAAGGUUUAGUAUACUCUGUGUAGACAUGUAUAGAUUCACGUGGAACCUGGAUAAUAUAGACAAAACCGGUAAAAGAUCUGGAGCAAGCAAGUCCUCGUAGUUGGCGUUGGACUGUUGGUGGUGUUCUAGAUAUAGUAAAAUAAUAUUUGAUUAAUUCAUGGGGUCUUUCCGGUCCCAGCCCAGCUCACACUCUGUUCCUUGUUGUGUUGGCAUUUUACGUUGCAGCUGGACUUUUGGCCCAAUAUCCUGCCAUUCUUCUAAUGCCUGCUGUAAUGGCCGUAAAUCGUAAUGCUGGUGUAAUACUGCACUCAAUAAUGGAGGUAUCAGCAUCAGUACUCGGAAGUUAAAACUUAAAUGAAAAACAGGUUAAAGGGCUAUUAGAAUUUCCUCGUUUCUCGUGAGUACAAUGAGCAGAAGUUCAGAGACUGGUCCAUUGUGGUAAUUCAGGAUUAGAGUAAAAUAUGGAUUUCUGAAUAAACAAAGGAAAUUAUGAUAUAUGAAAACAGAAAUGAAACUUGUGUUGGAGAACAUUGAUGUUACUUAUAGGAGCACCGGAGAAAUCUGGAAGCAGAAGCGGUUAUGAUUUUGCAAAGUAGAUUAAAGAGUGGGUGUGACAGGACAGGAGUGUAAAGUGUGUGAUUUGAGUGAUUCCCAAGAGCGUGCGUGAGGAGGUUUUUGUUUGCAGUUGCAGGUAAAAUAUUGUGAAGCAAACUCCGUAUCCUCAUCUCUCUUACAUACCAAACCCAAAAAUAGUAUCCUCCUUGGGAAAAUGGUAUAAUACAAUAAGUGAUGGCGUGUUGUAGUGGACAAAUUGGAAAGGGUUAAAUGCUAAACCCAAUAACAUCAUGGUCAUCUUUGACAUUACAUAAAUGAUAAAAUCACUUUUCCAUAGACAACUCUCUAUCAUUUGGUAUUGGUGUGAUCUUCUUAGUUUUGCUGUUUUUGUUUUCAAUUUCGUUCUUUUCCUUCGGCUCUACUGUCAAUUCUUUUUGCUUUGCUUUUCUACCUCCCCUGCUACUGUCACCACAGUUAUUUUGAUGUAUUAUUUGGUAAGAUAGAUUGGUUUAUUGGCUCAUGAAACGAGGCUGAGGUCCUUCCCUUUUCGCUUGAGGUCCUCCCCCGUUUGCUUUUUAAGCUUCAUUGCAGUGCUUUCAGAGAUUUACAAGAUAAAAAUCAGACCAUCUUUCUACUCUGGUUGUGGAGGUGGCAUUCAAGUACUGAAAUACCACUUAAAAAGAAAAUCAGAUUCAGUUACCCUCUACACUGCCGACCAUAUUUAAUUUCCCUGCUUUGGUCCUGUUAACUUUCACUGCUCUAAUGCCCCUUCUCCAAAUCUCUCAUCUUUUAAGGAUUUGAAAAAUUCAUCCUUUCUUUGAGGAAAAAGAAAAUGAGAAGCCCUCCCAAUUAUGUUUGCUGCCACGGAAAUAGACGUCUUAUUGUUUCCUUGCUGUUUCUCCUGGUUUCAAGCUUCACCCAAGUUAAAUUCAUGGCUGCAGAAGGAAGGUCUCUUUCCAGGUUGCUCCAGGUUGUCCAGAAAGGAUUUGAAGAAGAGAAGCCAUUGAUGAUGAGAAGUCUGAUAGGGUCAAGGCCACCAAGGUGUGAGAGAAGGUGCAGUUCUUGCCCCAACUGUGAGGCAAUUCAAGUUCCCGUCACAACACUAUCCAAAAGCAGGAGAACCCGCCAAUUCUCGGCUGCAUUCUUCUCGAUUUCUUACUCCAGAGGCAAUGAUAUCUCAAACUACAAGCCCAUAAGUUGGAAAUGUAAGUGUGGCAACCUGGUUUACGACCCUUGAUUGAAUUAAACUGUAAAAGUAAACUAUUGUCCAUUAUAAAAGCCACCUCUCUUUUUCAACUGUUGAUAUAAGGGAAAAAAUGACCAUCUAUUCUUAUAUACUCGUUUUCACUCCUCUCUUUCAUGGUAGAAGAGAUAUCAGAUAUGGGUUGCUAUAAUGUAAAGCGUUUCUACAUUUUUUUCUUUCUUUGAGUUUGAGCUUCACUGCAACACUUCUUGCC